AACCAUUGUUCACCUCCGUUGCAAUGUGGUCCUUAUUGUUGACGAAUGCUCAAGGAGGAAAGUAUUUGCUUCUGACAUGCUGUGCUCCGGCUGAAAACUAACGCUUGGUGAUACGGAAAUGCUAUAUCCAUGUGCGUGGGAAUAGAAAAGUUGAUGGAUCCGUGCCUUCGAGUUCUCGCGCAGCCUCCUCGGCAACCAUUCUUGUUGCUCUCUGACACGGUGAAUGUCAUUCACGGUGUCACGUGUGUUCCAACAUAUCGUGAGGUCAAUAGUCUUCAUUCCCACAUCGGAAUUUAGUCUAUGGCAAUUGUACCCUUAUCCUCACAAACGUAUAAGAUCUACAGGAAAUCUUCUUCAUUCUAUCAACAAUGGAUGACAACUACCUCCAAAGGAUGAUAGACCAACUCGCCGCCAAAGAGCUCAUCUUUGGAGCUGGCGCGCGUUUCUCUUGUUCCGAGGUCUACACCACCGCACAAGCUUUCCUCAACAUGCCCUCCAUCGUGACAGAAAUCAACCUCUACGAGACCACACCCGACACACUCUCCAAAGACGACUACCUCCCACUCCUUCUCACCCAUCUCCAAACAACUGUCGGCAAAAAUAUCAGUUCACUCUCCUUCAGCAGACUCAGCUGGCGUAACUUCAAAGACCCCGUUCUCUGGCACAACGCUCUCACCUCCUUCCCGGCCGUUCAUAACUUGGAGCUUUUCGAUAUCCAAUGCACCGAAGCACAGUUCUUCCGAAUCGUCAAUUCCCUUCCCAGCGAGAUGCACCUCUUCGGGAUCCAAAGCAUACACAUCGACGAAUACGAGGCCCAAGCAGGACAGUUCGUCCCUAGGUACGACACUCCUGAGCAGAUCAGGGCCGGAGAACAUGGUCCACGGGCAAAUAUGGUCAAUAUGGAGAUCGCUACUCAGACCGACCUCGUCCUUUUCUCCCGGCUUGCGAGCCGUAACUCGCACUUGAAGGUCAGCUGGGUCGAUGAUCUCAGAGUGAGGCAGUACGGCGUCGCUAGACCUCCUUGGGAUGUCUAUAUUUUCUCCCGUCUCUCUGCCAUCAUGCGUGCCACAGUCAAGCCGGGACAGAUCCCUACGUUGCAUUUGGGACCAUUCGAUUUUGCUUCGGAUGAUAUUCCGGAGCCGCUCUUCCUCAAGAACGUCGUCGACCUGACCAUCACUAUCUCUUUGUUCAACGAAAAGCCUUGUCUCGACUGGUGGACUGCGACCCUGAACAGACUUGCAUUCCCAUGCACUAUCGAGACACUCGAAAUCAGGGUCGAAGUCGACACGGACGCUCUCCCCACUGGGGCCUCUUUUCUGAUGGGUGUACCACCACAGGAAUGGGCCGCGUUGGAUGAAGCGUUGUGUCGCGCGGCGCCCAUCAUCGAAAGGAUCAAGCUGUCGCUUUGUGGCCGCACCGAUAAGCAGGACCCGGAGAAUUACAACUGGGGCGAUAUCAUAGAGUGGGUCGAAGAUGCGUGUAUCAGGAACGCGCAAGAUAUGUACGAGAGGAAGGCGUCGUCUUAUUUCGAGUCCGAGAGGGUGAAUUGAUAGGGAAAAUCCAUCAUAUCGGUAGCGUCCCUAUUAUUAGACACAAAUAGUAUUUCCAAUAUUUCUGCGAAACGAUC